UGGGAAUGGGAUUGGAAUUCUCUCAGAGAAUCCUCAUCGCUGGAGAGAAAUAGAGGCAAGAGAACGCCCCGGUAUGUUUUCUCCUGCGCGCCGGCUGCCCGAGAGUUUCGGAUUCCGCUCAGUUUUCAGUUGGACGAUAAAGACGCAGGCACAUGGACAUGCACAGGCUGAUCGCCGAGGUGAGGCUCCGGCCCGCUCUCUGGGAUCCCACGCAUCCGGACCACGCCAAUCGACCGGAGACGCAGCGGCUCUGGAGCAGCGUGGCGGAGGCAGUCGGGCUCAACGUGGACUUGUGUCGCACCAAGUGGAAAAAUUUACGGUGCAGUUAUCGCCGCCAAAACCGGCGAAGCGGCCUUUCUAGAGCAAAUCCCCAAACGGCAUCGCCCGUCCACCAAUGGUCCUAUGCUGAGGCCAUGAGCUUCUUGGAUAAUCUCAGAUUACGAGAAGAUCGGGAUAGCAGCAACAACGACGAGGAGGACGAGGCAGGCGGCGCAGCAGCACUAGACGAGGGACAGCCCAAGGAGGAGCCCGACUCCCUGAUGACCUUCAAAACAGAAGACUCACAGCAAGAAAUGGAGGCAGACAACGAUGCCCUGAUGCAAGAGUUCCAGAACGUGGCCACCCCACAGGCCCUGCGUCGACUCUCCCAGAGCAUUUCUCUGGCUAGUGCAGCGGCCGAAGAGGAGGUAGCACCGCCUGUAAACCGAGGAUUGGGCAUGGGUCUUGGCAUGCCCAUGACCGUAAACGCCAAUGUCCAGCCGAAUUUGGCCCAGGGAACAGCCUUGGCAGCCGCCGCUGCCAGUAGUUGCCAUUGCGCCAAGCGGGUGGAUGAACAGGUCCACUUCCUGGAGAAUCUCGAGCGGGAGGAACAACAGCUGAUGCAGUCCACCAGCCAGGAUCUGGCCCGCUGCAAGAAUGUGCUCCAUGUGGGCGACUCGGACUACAAUUACCUGAUCAGCUUUCUGCCGCUCAUGAAGCAGAUGACGCCCAUUCAGAAUGUGUUUUUCAGAGCCAAGAUGGGAGAGUUGCUGCUGCAGACCAUGCAACAGCCGCCUCAGCAACAGAUGAUGCAGCAGCAACAGCAGCAGCAACUGCAACAGCAGCAACAGCAGCAGCAACAACAGCAGCAGCAGCAACAAUCCUUGCGAAUGUCGUUGCUCCAACAGCAGAUGGCCUUGGACCAGGCCCAAGUGAGCACUAGCUCCACAAAUUGGAACUGAAUCGCAGCCUGGCGGUGGCCAUAGUGGGGGAGAUAAUGAGACAUGUAUAUUGUAUAAGAAUGCACUCUAUUCCCAAGCAUAUAAAUAUAUCUAUAGAGAUAAAGGAAGAGAGACAAGUCCUUAGAGUGCGCAUGGUCAGUGCACAUUGGUUGCAGGGCUGAGAUUAUUAUGAUGACGAUUUUAUGAUUUGUAUUUUCAAUAAUUAAGAAAUAAAUUUUAAUAAAACAA